AUGCCAUUCGCCAAAAGGAUUGUGGAGCCGCAGCUUCUGUGCAGGCACCAGAUCCCCAACGAUGAAGGUCUGCUUUUCGAGGACCUGUGUGCCAUCAGUAAUGUGGUUCUUUCCCGGACCUUGCGACAGCUCUCCGACCUGGCCCGGCACGCCUGCUCCUUAUUUCAGGAGCUGGAGAACGACAUCAUCAGCACCAACCAGCGGGUCUGGGUUCUCCAGAACAAAAUAGGCCAGAUACAGCAGACUGCCAGUGCCCUAGACCCCAAAAAGGAGGCAGUGCCGGUGUCAAACCUGGAUAUUGAGAGCAAGCUGUCAGCUCACUAUCAGGCUCCAUGGCACCAGCAACACAACGUGUUUCACCCUUGUACCCGACCACCAUGUCUGGAGGAGCUGCACAGAAACGCUCAGCUCAGCCUCAGAGCUCUGCAUCGAGACGAACAACAAUGUCAGCGAUCCACGAGUCGGGAGAGAAACAGGGUGACUAUCUCUAUCUCAGUGGCUCCCCCCAUGCCCACCUUCCCCUCACCACACACCAUCCGCCGGCAACAGAGGAGUCGCCUGGCAAGAGCGCAAGAGAGAGCAGAAAGGGAGCGAGAGUUAGACUAUCAACACAGGAAGGAGAGGACUGUGAGAGAAACAGAGAUCCAGACCAUACAAAGAAAAGAGAGGCCAGGGAGAGAAGGAGAUAAUCAGACGAUCCAAAGAAAGUUUGAGUGCUUUUACUCACUUCACCCUAUUGAAGGUUGCAUCUUCAUUCCGUGGAGUAGAAAGGCUACCUCGACAGGGGAAGGUGAAGGUGGUGAGGUCUUGGGAGGCCAUAGAACCAAGGCCUCAGCCCCCGGUGCCCCCUCGACCCAAGAUAAACAGACAAACUGGUCAAAGGAAAAUGUCCCACCAUCAGAUCAGAAGACAUCGGGUGAUUCUCACGCCAUCUCCUCCUGCAUCAUCCCAAUCAACGUCACAGGAGUCGGAUUUGACAGGGAAGCAAGUGCUCGUUGCUCUCUAGUCCAUUCCCAGUCGGUUCUUCAGAGGAGAAGGAAGCUGAGGAGGAGGAAGACUAUCACAGGAAUACCCAAAAGAGUACAGCAAGACAUGGACUCAGAUGAAUCACCCGUAGCAAGAGAGCGCACAGUGAUCAUCCAUGCCAACCCACACCAACUCUCUCUCUGUCAGGAAGACCUCUCAAUCAGUGGUCGCCUCCAUCACACUCGUGACUCUGGUUGCCAGACAGAUGAUUUCCUUAUAGCAUGUACAGCUGCUCCUUCCAGAAGGCGCAUUAGAGCGCAGCGUGGCCACCAGGGAAUCCCUGCCUCUCUGUCGCAUUCAACAGGCAACAUUUCUUCCCUGGGUGACCAGUCAGACACCACAUACACCACAGCUGCAGCCCACGGUGGACGUUUGCGCUCACGUAGCCUUCCACGAGAGGGUGGACGUCUGAUGGACAGCGAUGAAGAUGAUGAUGACAAUUAUGAUGAUGAUGACGAGGACGAAGAAUUGUCACCAUACGAAGCAGAGGAUUUUAUUCCACCAGGUCCUAGUCCAAGAAUGAAGAUGAUGAUGAUGAAGGAUGAAGAAGAGAGCACAGAUGACCAGGCAGCUCCAGAGCCACUGCAACUUGGAAGCCUAAAAAGGUUGCAGCGAUCUGGGGAAAGGGACAGAGGGAGCGGAGGAGGUGGGAGCCCAGAGCAUAGCUGGAUGGAAAGAGGUCGUUCUCGCUUGCCUCGCAAGGCUGACAUGGGCAGCUGUGAGAUCUCAUCAAGUUCAGAUACGUUCAGCAGUCCUAUUCACUCAGUGUCUACAACAGGAGUCCUAGGCAGCCAUGUGGACCACAAGGAGGACCACCAGUCAUCAAGUGGGAACUGGAGUGGUUCCAGCUCCACUUGCCCCUCACAAACAUCUGAAACCAUCCCUCCGCCCUCGUCUCCACCCCUGACAGGCUCAUCCCACUGUGAUUCAGAGCUGUCACUCAACACGGUGCCCAAUGCCAUUGAUGAAGGAUUUUCUCUGGAUCCCUCAUACCACUCUGACCUCAGACCCCAGGGCCAGGGUCACAGAUCAAGCUCAUUCACAUCCUCAGCCACAGAUCAACUAGAUGAUGCAGGGGUCAGUACGGCAAGUGAGGGGGAAUGGACAUACCCUCCAGACCAAGACCAGACUGAUCCAGACCAAGACCCUGACCAGACCCAAAACCUGAUCCAGAGUCAUGGGUUAGCCCAAGAGUACGGCUCCAAACAAGGUCUUGAAGACCAAACCUGUUUCAGUAUCAAAACAAGCAACACUGAAAAGGAGCCUGGCUCUCAUUACCCAUCUGAUACAGAGGGUUUCUACUCUUCUUCUGUGCAUUUUGGGGAGUGUAAUCAGAGUUACAGAGGAUAUAUGUAUAACUAUGCAGACCCAGGACCUGACUGUGCUCAAUCCAACACUGUGGCAGCACCACUAUCCCAUGGAGUUUACCCUCAGCCCUCAGCUGACUUUAGAGCAGGCACUAUGACCCUUGGGAGGACCUGUCGUCCACUGAGGAAACCUAAAGUCAAACCUCCACCACCCAAACGAACCUCUUCGCUGAAGGAUACCAGUAGUUGUGUUGACGUUGGAACAGACACGCAGGCAGAUCAGGAUCAACCAAAGAUGGUUAGUGAACAAGAGCUUACCUUGUCUUCCACAGAUAUGAAGCUGGAACUGGACCUAGAGCUUGGAGGUGCUCCAGAACCAUUACAGACAUCUUGUCUAGUGGCAGAGCCUUUGGGGACUUGGGGAAUGGGACUGGGGGAAACCGUGGACAUAGUAGAGCCCAUGUCCUUUAGCUCUGCAGAUACACACUCAUUUAAGGAUGAAGGUGCUGUGCAAUCUGACUAUGCAGACCUGUGGCUUCACAACACUGAGCUGAAGUCCAACAAUGAAACCCAAACCCAGGCCCUUGCACAGGCUUCAGAGACCAGGGCAACUACUCCACCUCUACCACCUGGAGACUUCAAACUUGGGUCACCUGAGAAGCUUGCUGGCCUGGCCUCACCAUCAAGUGGCUAUUCCAGCCAAUCAGAGACCCCAACAUCAACCUUGCCCUCAUCUUCAGCAGCGUUCUUCCCAGGACCACUAUCUCCCUCAACUGGCAAGAGAAAGCCCAAAGUGCCAGAGAGGAAGUCUUCUCUCUCUUCCCUGCAGCACUUCCCCAGAGAUGGAGCUUCCAUUUCCUCUUGCUAUAAGAGAGACCCAGAUUUUCCACCUCCACCUUCUCAACUUGAUCUCAAUGUUCUUCAUGGUGGCUAUGUCAGACACACGUUAUCCCACCGUACGCACCACAUGCACACGCUCCACCACAGCAAACACAGAGUUGCAAAUGUUUUAGCCACUGGAACAAAGUUAUUGGCCCCUGAGGCAUCAAACACCAACCCACCAUCAAACUCUGCUUUAACAAUUCCCAGCUCAAAUCUUUUGGUGAUAACGCCAUCUGCUCUUCGCUCAGUGCAGCUCCACUCUAUUAGUCAAUCUACUGAUUUACAAAGCACUUCCACUACAGACCAAGAAACAGCAAUUGGUGCAGAGACUGCAACAAGACCCAAAUGUCCUCCGAGUGGUUCUACCCUGGCUCCCCCACCUAUUAACACGAGGCCUCUCCCUCCUCGCAGACCACCUCCCAGACCACCAGGUCAUGACCACACCUCCUCUCCUGAACACACGCAACCACCUCCCCCUGGCCGCCACCCUGAUGGGCCUCCAUCCUAUGAAAGCUUGCUACUCAGACAGGACCGCUAUGGACCCGGAACGUUCUGGGCUAUGACGGCCUUCAGAACCCGGAUGGAUCCAUCAUCUGAACUCUCUGAGGACAGUUCACCACUGCAUCGACCUGUGCCACGUGCUCCCCACCCUUCGCCUGUGGAUCUACACACCCAUAUCCACUCGCACACAGAGUUCAGAGGGCUUACCCACUCAGCCCAUGCACACCCUGAGUUUAGGGUUUUGGGGGAGCGCUCGUUCUCCCAGGAUGAUGAUGAUGAUGAAGAUGACGAGGACGAAGAAGAAGAGCAGGUAAAAGAGCUGCCGAGGGCUGCAUGCUCCAGAGGAGGGAUGCGAUCAGACCACCCUCCACCCCCAGCAUAUGAGUUUGCUGGGGGAUCCCACUCAGACUCAGGGCCCUGGGCUAGUCCAGUCAAAGUGCCUGGUAACACAGUGGAGACAUCGCAUCCUUACCUAAUCAGCGAUGCAAGGAAAGGAGGACAAGAGGAGCAGGAAGAAGAGGAGGAAGUGACAUCAGGUGCUACCAGAAGUGCCCAUCAGCAGCUGCCACAGGAGAGCAAAGAUGACUCCACCACUCCUGACACUGAGGAUUACUUCAGUAAAGAUUCCACACCCAGUGAUAAUUCACUCUCCCCUCUGACGGAUGACACCAAAGUGGAUGAUGACAUUAUUAUCACAUCACCCAACAAGACCCGUACAACUGAGGACCUGUUUGCCAUGAUACACAGAUCCAAGAGAAAGGUCCUGGGCCGCAAAGAUUCAGGAGACCUAAAUGUGAAGUCUCGUCUCUGCCCAACAGCACCAGUGACUCCAAGCAAUGUCUCCACCGUCAUUAUCCCUCCAGCUCCUCCUCUCAACAUCCCAGCUUGCUUAGCCAGUGCGGCUGGGUCACAACGAGCCCCUGUGCCAAUCUAUCGCAGCGCCAAGAAAUCCAUUACGUCAAACGAGGAGUUUAAACUCCUGCUGCUAAAGAAAGGUAGCAGGUCUGAUUCCAGCUACCGCAUGUCAGCUACAGAGAUUCUGAAGAGUCCUAUCACCCCUAAAACACCAGGAGAGUCCCUUCCAGAAGGGACCAUUAGACAAGCUGAGGAGAUACCCUCUACGCUUCAUGAGCCCCCCAUUCCUGGCCUGGACUCAAUCCAGAUACCAGGCCUCUUUCCACGGGCCAACUCUGAGAGCUUCACCCCCAAAACCCUGCCUAUGUCAGCUGCAUCUCGACAAGGACGUUCUCGGAUCCCCCCUGUAGCCAACAGCAGUCGCUAUAGUACACGCAGUCGCCUCUACACAGCCCCCAUGCAAGCCAUUUCUGAAGGGGAGACGGAGAACUCAGAUGGGAGCCCCCAUGAUGACAGAUCAUCUUAA